AUGAUUUCCAAAGUGUUUGCUAUUUGUGUGGCAAUCUAUAUAAUUGGAUCUAUACAAAAUGGAUUGGUGCAAUCUUUCGAAAUUCAACUUAAAAACCUUCCGCGAAUGCAACAAGGAUUAGGGUGGCCACACACUCUGACCGUUGUUGUGGGUCACGUGGUUCUCAUGAAGCUUACCAAAAGCGCAAUCAAUCAAAACUCUUGCGAAGUUAUAACUCCUUCAGGGCAGACAUUCGCCUCGUCUUCUCUUCCGAAAGACCGUUACGAAGUUUGGGACACUAGUUGCAGUUUAAGGAUUCGUAAUGUCCAUAGUGCAGACUCCGGUCGUUGGCGUUUAACUUCUACUAAUACUACACAUUCUUUCACCGGUUGGAUAGAGGUUUAUGUAGAAGAUGACAUCAAAUCAUACCAAGCUCCACCUAUAUCUUUGUUAGAUGGGGAACAACAUCCAGAUUUGGAUCUUACUUCGCUCGAUAACUCUUAUUGUCUAGUCACCCAACCUUUCUCGCAGAGCUCUUUAGUUUCUGGUCAUUGUAGAGUGACUUUAGAUAAAGCCACAAGGGCUGUGCAGGGAAACUGGAAUGUACUUGUUGGUUUACCUGGACGGGUAACUGAAUUACAUAUCGACAGGCAUGUGCAGGUUGAAGCUGAACGUCUUGAUGUCGGUUAUGCACAUGAUAGCAAUAACAAUAAAAUACAUCUUUACUGUAAUAUUUUGCACACGGCGAAGAUUGUUACAUUUUGUCGUUUCCAAAAAACUACUAACGACGUUGGUUAUAAUGUUAUGGAGGGCCUUAGUGACGGACUCCACAGUUACUAUGGUGACGGAUUUGCGGAUAAACAAUGUGGUAUGACUAUAGAGAAACCAACAGAUAACGACUUUGGAAACUGGCGAUGUUCAGUCGGCUCGCAAUUGAGAGUUGGUAAUAAUUUGGUUCAACAAGCACCUAUGCAAGCGUUGAUUAAUGUACCAGUAAUCCACGGGAAAGGCUUAAAGUUGCCAUAUAAAGUAGCAGGUGCAGAUGACGAGUUACCGAGGACUGUAUUCGUACAAGAGGAUGUUAGUUUUACAAUAUCAUGCCAUGCAGAUGAGUCUUUGGCAUACUGUUGGUUCUUGCACCCUAACGGAACUCAGUUCUCUCCACUCCCGUUCACAUCUGAGGAUCAACAAUUUUGGUACUCGGGACAAAGUCUUCAAGUUGGUCACUGCGGGAUAACCUUUACUCAUGCGCAUAGUAGUGACGCCGGCGAUUGGACAUGUCACAUGGGAGCAAAAAAUAAAUUGGGUUUAGAAAUUGUGGAUAAAGUAAAUGUUCGCGUCACGGGUCCUUUAGCCGCUAACAAGAAAGAAAUUGGCGCCGCCAUUGGAGCGAAUACCAUAAUACACUGCCACACUUCGAAUGGAAACAGACCGUUGGAGUACUGUAGAUUUUUAAGUCCUAAUUUCGUUGGCAUCAAUAUUGAUGAUACCAUUACUAAAGAAAAAGCUAUAUUAGAUCGUUAUUAUUUCACGCCUGAACGUUACAUGAAUCAAGGCGAUUGCUCGUUGUCCAUAAUAUCUGUUCACGAGGAUGACAUAGGCGAGUGGACGUGCGCCGCUGUUAUUAACUCUGACGUUGUAGAGUCUAGCGAUACCGCGACUUUGUACUUGAUAAGCGUUCCUUCAAGGCAGUGGAGUCGAGCUGGUAUAACGGGUAUGGCAGUUGGAAUAUCAUUUUUACUAGUUAUAUUAGGUGGAACUUUAUGGUACAGGAUAGGUAGACCAUUACCAACGUUGUCUUUGUUUAGAAGGAAUAUUUUUGGACGGGACAGACAACCAUCAAGCCAAAGCAUCGGUGUCCUACCCUACGAUACAGUAUCUUACACAACUAAUUCAGUUAUGAGAUCCAGCGUUAGUACUAAUAACAGCGACGAUUCGUCCAAAUGCACAAUUCUUGAUAAUAGUUUAUCUGCACAAAAUAAUGUUUUGAGAAAUCAACAGGACUCUUUAGAUGCUACAACGUCGAUGUGACUGUAA